CGGUUCCUCCGCUCUCUCCCCCUCGCCGACUCGAAGAAUUUGAAUUCCGUAACGGUCUCGCACUAGCGGCGAGUAUACGAGAGUACGUACGAGUACGCGACGUACGGUGAGUACGCGCGAGAUCGGCCAGCCGCUAUUUCUGUGGCGGGGGGGGGGGGGGACUCCGCGCGCGCUGGACACGACCGUCCGUGGGACGCCGCCGGGGAGUUGGCGCGCCGACGUCGGCGCGCCUGACGUAACGGAUUUUUGCACGCGUAGGCAGACGAUUAAUCGGCGCGGCGGCGACGACGACGACGGCGACGACGACGAAGACUUCGCCUAAUUACCCGCCCACCCGUCCUCCUCCGACGUCCCGCGCGUGUUUACUGCGCGCUCGCGCUAUAUCGGCGCUAAUUGAACGCUCUCCUAUUUGCAUUAACGUCGCGCUGAUGACAGAUCCACCUGAUCGGUAUCUGCUACUGCGCCGUACACCCGCAACUGGAUUACGAUGGAGGACGCGAACGAGGUUUUGGUGUGUGCGGCUGAAUUCAUAAAAGAUCGAUUGUACUUUGUAACAUUAAGAACAGCAAUGAAACCAAAAAGUACCCCAAACACACACUACUUCAGUAUUGACAACGAGUUGGUAUAUGAGAAUUUUUACUCCGACUUUGGCCCUUUAAAUCUAGCUGUGUUGUAUAGAUACUGCCAAAAGGUUAACAAAAAGCUGAAGGGCAUUGCACUCAGCAAAAAGAAACUCGUGCAUUACACGACAAUGGACUCGGAGAAAAGAGUCAACGCUGCAUUUCUCAUGGGAAGUUACGCGAUAUUGUAUUGCAAGCGUACAGCACAAGAAGCUUAUGAAUGUUUGACCAAAAGUCCAAAUAGCCCCAUGUUUAUCAUGUUUCGCGAUGCCUCGGUUGGGCCACCGUGCUAUCAGAUAUCAUUAAGGGACUGUCUAAGUGCUAUAUACAAGUGCCAUCGGCUUGGUUUCUUUAAUUUUGAAGAUUUCUGUGUAAAAGAGUACGAACAUUACGAAAGAGUGGAAAAUGGGGAUUUGAAUUGGAUAGUUCCUGGAAAGUUUAUUGCAUUCUGUGGUCCGCAUGCGAGAUCGAAAAUGGAAGAUGGUUACCCACUUCAUGGUCCAGAAUGGUAUUUCACGUAUUUCCGCCGUAAUAACGUGACAACAAUUAUACGGCUUAAUAAAAAGGUCUAUGACGCGUCGAGCUUCACCAACGCUGGCUUUAUUCAUAAGGAUUUGUUUUUUAUGGAUGGUUCAACACCGACGGACGCGAUAAUGCAUCAGUUUCUUAAAAUUGCGGAAAACGCAACUGGCGCGGUUGCCGUACAUUGUAAGGCAGGCCUCGGGAGAACGGGUUCUCUUAUAGGUUGCUACAUUAUGAAACAUUACCAUUUGACGGCUCACGAAACGAUCGCCUGGAUAAGGAUAUGUAGGCCAGGUUCUGUAAUUGGGCAUCAGCAACAAUGGCUGGAGAGAAAAGAGGCAUAUCUUCGAUCGUUACUGAAAGAGCCAUUGCAACCUGAAAAUGGAAAUCCGGUACACAAAUACGGGAUAUACUCGAUAACUGGUAAACCUAAAGGAGCUUCUUUCCAAGGUGAUGUAAAGAGUUUGAUGGAGGACAAUGUAUCGGGAAUAAUGCAUCGCGUGGACGAAAUAAAGUUGGAUGAUCCUGGACCAGUGGCUGGGGCUAGUGCUAUAACGAGAUAUAGCACGCUGACUCAAGGUGAUAAAUUGUGCAGAAUCAAAGCCAGAAGAAGAGGCAUAUCGUCCACUCAAACUUCUCUUAAUGCAAGCACAGGGACAUCAACUGGUGUGCACCCGUAUUUGGGAUCCUUGUUACAAACGAGAAGUCAAAAAGGAGUCAUUUCUACUCUAGUGGGAAACAAAGAGAGAGACCCUACCAAAAGAUUAUUGUCACGAUCCACUGCAACAACAGUCGUGAAAAGAAACAGUUGGUUGGUCAACAGUAGCUGUGAUCCAUCUUCCUGCCGUAUUAGGUCUAAACCGGCAACACAGAGCCAUAACAUCAACAACAAUACAACUACCACCAAUCCCGUUACAUCUUUAACCGUAUCAAAACCAGUGAGAAGGGCAAAACGUACCUCCUGCAUGGCUCCACAGGCUCACGCUACAAACUCGUCUGCCAAUCAUUCAGUACCGCAACCACAGCAACGCAUGAAUAUGAUCCUCAGGUCGGCAGACCGAGUUACUCGCUAUUCGCUCAGGCAUGCGCGCACAACAAAAAGUUAUAAAAGUGCAUUUAUCAGAUGACUAACCGAUAUUCCCAGUGGCGUUGGGGAGGACUGUCAGGUAACUGGAGCAUCUCACCAGCGCCGAAGAUCUCAUCGCUUAAACCCCAUCAUUCAGUAAAAAGCACUUCACUCUGAUCUUCAAUCCUUCAACUCGAGCAAGUUUUGCCCAGGCUUUUAUAUCAUAAAUCAACGAAGAUCAAAUAUUUCUACAAAAUCAUCAACACUGCAUUAUUGAUUAAUAUGGUUUUGCCAUAUUUGCAUCAUAGGAGACAAAUUUAUUGCAGUGAUAUUUAAUAUAUAUAUAUAGCUUACACAGCUUUUAAUUGUUCUUCCAUAUAUCAAAAUAUUGCGAUGCGUUGAAUGUUUGCAAAAAAAAAA